AUGACCAUUGCCAAUGGCGGAUUUACUUUUUGGACUGUGAGUUUGCCAGUCGGACUGGCAGGCUUGAACUGUACAAUUUGAUUAACGACCAGACGGUGAGGGUGGGUUAAUAAGUUCAUUGGUCCGGAUAUUACGUGCAUAUUUUGACUUUUCAUCGCGAUAAUUUAGGUUAGGGUUUCACAGCCGGCGAAAACAAAACACAACGUGGUGGUCUGCUUCAAUCAAGCCAAUUUGCUGGAAAAUUGGCAGCUAGCCAUGCAUGUGGUUGAAAUGUAUCGAAAUCUUGGCGCUGAUCUUCUGGUAUUGCCGGUGCUAAAUAUGAUUACAGAGUUGUUCGAAGUACUAGAACAGUAUGAGCAGGAUGGACUGAUUAGGAUUGUUAAAGGAGUCGUUCUUCCUGCAGUUGUAAGUUGUUUGUAAAUUGAUUUCGAAGGCUAGCAAUAGCCAAGAAAAAAAAGUGCAACACUCUGUUCGCAAAGUAACGACUCUCACUUUUUAGAAAGACCUAAAUUACGAUCCAAACGAAGAAUUAGAGAAUGUGGGAAGGCUUCUAGCCGCAAAUGAAUGUUUGUACGACAACAAACAUACCGCAAAAUAUAUCAUCUUUUCCGAUCUUGACGAACUUUUGCUGCCUAAGAAUGGCGACUAUUUUGAUGAAUUUACGAGAAUUCGGAGUCUCCAUCUCAAAGUCUCGUCUUUUGAAUUUAACUGGGGAAUCAGCGCGGCACCUGGUAGGCUAUAACAGAUACGACAUUACCGUCAUUUAAUUCAUAGCUCAGUCAGCCAACUCGUAUGACGUUACAAGACCGUUGAAGGAUGUCAUGGUCCGAGAAGUAGUUGGUUUUGGCACUCCAGUAGUUAUACCGCAAAAAGUCGACGCGGCUUUCGAACACUCACCUAUGAACGCCAUGAGCUCUCCGCGGCACCUUCGUCUAAGCCGGACAGACUCCUGGAGCAUCAAAUUCAUUUUCCCUGUAUAUAAUGCUGCAUUAAAGAACGUAAGUUAACAAAGGUCAAUAAUUUCUGUGCAAUGUCAACCUUUAAGCUAACGAUCCCUCUUAAUUUUUCGCCGAGGAUUGGAUUUUACUUCUCAAUAAUGGACGAAUUUAAUCAGAGGCUGAACCAAAACAGGGGCCUUUACAACGUAAGAUAAGUGUCUUGCAAAUUAUGCAAUAGCUUAAAAGGUGACCGAAGUUCUAAUUUAGAAGUUCAAAUCGUUGCCAAGUCAACUGUCUUUCGGCCCAAAAAUUGAGCCUUGUCUCCGGAUACAAAAGCUUAGAUCGGUUCCAUACACUUGCAUUAAUCAACGAAAUUGUCUUCCAGCGAUCGCAAAUACUUCCAGAAGAUGUACGGUACUGAAAAGGACUUUCCAUGUGUCGUCUUUUGGCGCUGGUCGAUAUUUGUACUCGAGUUUAAGGACUGAAUUUUCCCGUCAUCAUAGUUGCGUUGUUUAUUAG